ACAGCACUAGCGAACAGAGUGAAAUUCAGUCUCUUUUGUAGACCUUUAUUUAAAUUAGCUUGAUUAAUUUAUAAAUACAACAAGCAUGACAUAAAUAUCGGCGACAAAGCAGCUGUUGAUAACUUGCAGUGCACCAGUUUUUUUCUUCGUUAAGAUGUGUGCGUAGUGAGAAAAAUUACAACAAUGCGUAGCACAGUACAUAUACACACACACACUGCCUGAAUUUCUUUAUGCAAAGGUGUAGGAAAAAGUGCAAUUUAAAGCUACAUACUUGCUACAUAUAUGCUCUGCAACAACUAUUAAAUAUAAAUCUUAAGUCUAAACUCAUCACUUAUUACAACAGACAGGGUGAGGUUGGCAUGCCGUUGUAGGCUGCAUCCACAGCAAAAGUUACGCCCCAUGGAUCCAUAUCACCAUAUCAGACAACAUUAUCCACCCACAAGCAUAGCAGGCCUUGGAUCGGUGGCGGGAAACGCGUCGACAAUCAACCGACCAGAAUUGCACCAAAAAUGUAACCGGGGAUCGCACUCCAGUGAUACUAGUUCGGCGUACAGCGGCAGCGACACAAUGGCCUCAAACUAUGCCUCGUCGCUGGAGGCCGAGGAGAUUGACUUAUCCGGCUUAGUGGAGUCUAUAGUGGAUUCUGACGAGGAGGACCUUGCAGAAAGCAUGGAUAGCUUAACUGUACGAGAUGCAGUGCGUGAUUGCCUGGAGAAGGACCCGGCUGAGCGUAGUGAGGAGGACGUGGAAGUUCUGCUUGAGUUUACGCAGGGCCUAAAAGCAUUUACUAACAUUACCUUAGCAGUGCGAAAAGCACUAUGCUCCGUGAUGGUAUUCGCUGUUGUGGAUAAGGCAGGUACCGUAGUCAUGUCAGACGGAGAAGAAUUGGAUUCAUGGUCGGUGCUUAUAAACGGGGCAGUGGAGAUCGAGCACGCGAAUGGAAGCCGCGAGGAGCUGCAGAUGGGCGACUCCUUUGGCAUUCUUCCCACUAUGGACAAACUCUACCACCGAGGUGUGAUGCGAACUAAGUGCGAUGACUGCCAAUUUGUAUGCAUUACGCAGACAGACUACUACCGUAUUCAGCACCAAGGAGAGGAGAACACGCGGCGGCAUGAGGACGAGAAUGGAUUUGUGGUUAUGGUCACGGAGCUGCGAUCCAUUGGAGCAGGCAGCACUGACUCUGCUAGUGUUGUCGGAUCAGCAACAGGAGCUUCAGCGUCCCUUAACAUGAAACGUGGACACGUCGUUAUCCGAGGUACUCCAGAGCGGCUUCUACAGCAGCUGGUCGAAGAAAACUCAAUGACCGACCCCACAUAUGUGGAAGACUUUUUGCUUACACACCGUAUUUUCAUUCAUAGUCCGCGAGAAGUGACCAGCAAGCUGUUGUAUUGGUUUGACCUAGAACAGAUGGAUCCACACAAGACUCAAGAAUUACGGGAUCGCGUAACACGAGUGGUGCUUCUCUGGGUGAACAAUCACUUCACCGAUUUUGAGGCGGACUAUGAGAUGAUGGAGUUUUUAGAAGUCUUUGAAGCACUGUUAGAGCGAAAGAAAUUGCUAAGUCAACUGCGUCUAUUGCACAUAGCCUGUGCCGCAAAAGCGAGAAUGCGAAGCUGUACUCUCACUCGAUCAUCACGUGACGAGCCGCUCAACUUCCGCAUCGUAGGCGGUUACGAGCUUCGUGGCGUAGCCGUUGCUACUGGUAAUGCAGCUGUGGGCAUAUACAUUUCACAUGUUGAAUCAGGAUCUAAGGCUCAGGAUGUUGGUCUUAAGCGGGGCGAUCAAAUUCACGAAGUAAAUGGACAGUCGCUGGACCAUGUGACUAGCAAGAGAGCACUCGAAAUCCUCACGGGCACCACCCACUUAAGUAUCACCGUGAAAAGUAACUUACUUUGUUUUAAGGAGAUUAUGCAGGCUCUUGACUAUGGUGGUGGAUCUGGAAGUGCGUCUGCGGGAAGUGGCAGCUUUAAGUGUCUGCGGAGUCCUCGACGUAUUUGCGCCAAUGAUAUUGCUAAACUGCACGGUCGUUCAGAUAGCACUAACGAAGAGUUGUCCAACAUCAGCGACUCUAAUCGGGCGCACAUAGUGCGCCUUAGCUCCGUAGAUAUGCUUCUCGACCAGCCGGACUGUGCUCCACCGCAAACGCCACCAGUUAGUGGAAGCGGAAGCAUAGCCUCUAACUUUAUGCAACAGCUCCUGCAAAGUGUCAAUCAUAGUUCGGCUAAAAAGUCGUCUGGAUCCAGUACAAAUUCUAGCUCAGAUCAGCAGGACACGAAAGGUGGUUUUAUGACUUUGGCGCCAAAGCGCCGAUUACAGAAGGCAUUGGCCAAAAUGAAUUUACUCAACAAACAACAUCAUCAUGUAAGCAUCUUAAACGAUUCUUCGGACACCCUGCUCAACGAUCCCAAGACCAAACUCUCAUCAGGGAGCUCAUGCAACAGUUCCACCCAGCCCUCGAUCAACGGCUGUGCCAUAAGUGGGAAUGGCCGGCUCUACCAGUCUCAAUCAAAUCCGGAUUUAACUAGCCUCAACUUUGAAGGGAGCAAUGAAGCUGUAGCAAGUGGUGACGGAAGGUUGCAAGUAAACUUGGGCGCUCACAUUCACCGACCAUCAGCAGCCAGUACUUUGACUACAAACUCAGCACAGUCACACCUCCUGUCCGACUACCCAGAUCACGUGCUAAAGGUUUACAAGGCAGACCAAACAUGCAAAUAUGUUCUUAUCUACAAGGAGACAACGGCCCACGAAGUUGUCAUGCUGUCACUUCAGGAGUUUGGAAUUCACGAUCCUAGUUCAAAUUUCUCACUAUGCGAAGUAAGUGUUGGGGAUGGUGGAAUGGUAAAGCAGCGCCGUUUGCCCGAUCAACUCCAAAACCUGGCGGAGCGAAUAAGUUUUGCAGCGCGAUACUACCUUAAGCUAAACGAUAGCACUGAGCCGCUGGUUCCAGAUGAACUUGCUUUGGAACUUGUACGCGAGUCGAGUGUGUACUUCUUGCAGCUGAACGCAUACGAGCUGGCCAUCCAACUGACUCUACAGGACUUUGCGAAUUUUCGACAGAUUGAGUCUACUGAGUAUGUAGAUGAACUAUUCGAGUUAAAGUCACGCUACGGAGUGCCUAUGCUCAGUAAAUUUGCGGAACUGGUUAAUCGUGAAAUGUUUUGGGUGGUGAGUGAGAUAUGUGCUGAGCAUAACAUCGUUCGUCGCAUGAAGAUAGUAAAACAGUUUAUAAAGAUUGCGCGCCACUGCAAGGAGUGCCGGAACUUUAAUUCCAUGUUUGCAAUCGUCUCCGGCCUGGGACACGGCGCUGUGUCGCGGUUGCGUUUAACGUGGGAAAAGCUACCUUCCAAAUACCAAAGGUUGUUUAACGACCUGCAGGACCUGAUGGAUCCUUCGCGCAAUAUGAGCAAGUAUCGGCAACUGGUGUCUGCCGAACUAUUGGCUCAGCACCCUAUCAUUCCUUUCUAUCCCAUUGUCAAAAAGGAUCUUACAUUUAUCCAUCUGGGAAAUGAUACGAGAGUGGACGGAUUAAUAAACUUUGAGAAACUGCGAAUGUUGGCAAAGGAGGUACGCUUACUUACGCAUAUGUGCAGUUCACCGUACGAUCUGCUGUCCAUUCUUGAGCUUAAAGGACAAUCUCCCUCCAAUGCUCUCUUCUCGCUCAAUCAAAUGUCAUCCUCGCAAAGUAACGCUUCCGCGGGCACAGUAAUCGCUGCCAAUGCGGGCCAGGCAACGAUUAAGCGGCGCAAAAAAUCGGCAGCGGCUCCCAACCCUAAGAAGAUGUUUGAAGAGGCGCAGAUGGUCCGUCGUGUAAAGGCAUAUCUCAAUAGCCUUAAAAUACUAACUGACGAGGAUCUUUUGCACAAGUUUUCGUUGGAAUGCGAACCGUCUCACGGCUCCACUUACUCUGGCAGCAUCUCGCACGGUAGCACCUCUCACCGAAGUGGAGGUGGGGGCAGCAUCAGUGGUGGUGGAGGGGGCAAUUGUAGUGGAGGUGGGGUUGGCAGUGGAAGCCUUAAUGCCGGUGACCAACUGAGUAUCUACUCACAUACCAGCUCUAGCUCUGCACCCAACUCCUCCCUUUCGUUACGCAAAAGACAUCCAAGUUCACCUACUCUUUCAACUACCAGCUCGACAAGUUCCACUAGCGAUCACCAGAGACGACAGAUGCACAACAACGGACCAAAAUUUGGUACAGCUUCACCGCAGGCAGUUAAGAAGAUGCUAUCCCUCUCAGAGUCCUCAAAGAUCAGGCCUCACCAGCCGUUCAUUCCGCGGAACGGAUCCACUAUGGCUGGAGUGAUUCCGCCGCUUCACAUUCAUGGAGCGCUUGGCUACAAUGCACCGACAGUCGCAGCAGCAGGAGGGCUGGUCGCUUCACCAGCAACAAGCCUUGUUGUCAAUGUCCAGUGCACCCCGAAUCCUAGUCCCUGCUUACACCGACGUCUGGCAUCGGGAGGCAAUAUACCGCCAGCUCGCACAAUGCACGAGCGAUCACACUCAGACACUCUAGCUGCGCCACCGCCAUUACCGUCAGUUGAUCUCUCCCUUGAGAGCAGUAGUGUUACUACUUUCCGCGAUUUACCAAUGCGCAAAUCCGUAACUAACGGUUCCAUAUCGUCCUGUGACAGCGGCUAUGUGCAUCAGAAGCAACAUUAUCUCUUACAGUAUCAGCAGCAACAAAGCAGCUCACAACACGAACCACUCCCGCCGGUCUAUACUGCAGCCGACUGCCGAUUGCUGCAGCAAAUAUCAAACAAUGCGGUGACCCGCAACUUGAGCUGUCCUUGUCAGAUUUCACAUUCACCCUCCAGCACAACACCACCUCCUCCUUCCCAUUCCACAGCAACUCUACUUUCUGAACCGACUACGGUAGCAGCAUACAUGCACGUACGCAGACAACAUCAGCAGCUCCAGCAACAACAGCAAUCUUUGGCUAUGCCACCUCCGCCUCCACCGCCCUACAAUAUCCCCCCCUUGGCUAAUCUUCACAGCCAUCAACAAGGCACUUCUGGAAGCAGGCACCUGAACCAUGGUGGCCCGCCAAACUUUAUAGAUAGCACCAAAUGAACAAUAUGCCCCAUGCCACCCAUGAAUCAAUAAUAUAUAAAAUUGUGAUGUUACUGCUAGAUGUUAUUCAAUAAGUUCUCAUAGAGUUGCCAAAAUUUGUUAAUGGUUUCGGUUUUAAUUUUGGCAGUAACCAAGAACGAAAAAUCCCCUAAAUUCUUUCAUCGGAUCAGCAAAACAAUACAUGAAUUAAUUUACGCUGCUUAUACUAGCCUUAUUAAUAUACACUUUAUUUUUACGUAGAGCCCUAAGAUUAAUUAUUUAAUUUAGCUAAAUUCUUUAUGCGUAUUUUGUGACCGAUUCAUCCCCAUUGUAGAAACUGAACUUUCUCUUUAAAGGAACAGUCUGCGGGCAGACCCCAUAAACAGACCCAAACUAAACAUUCUUGAAGAGUUUUCGCAAGCAUCUACGAAUGUAAGAACAAAACAUAAUAAUUAUAAUGCCCAGCUCGAAAAACAAACGAUCAAUUUAUUAGAAACACCUUUGGUCAUUAACUUAAAACAAUCAAAAAUUCCAUAAAUGUAAUCUCUCUUUUAUACUUAUGUGCAAGUUAUUUUUACUAUAGCUUGCAUACUUCUCAUACGAAAAACCUUCGCUCCAAUUCCAAAUAAUUAGUUACUAAGCCCAAAAGAGACAGAGAUAAAACAUUUUUCGAAUAUAUUAAAUUUAAAAUGCGUUCCAACAAAAACAAUUAAGAAAAAUUGACAAACAUAUGCAACUUCUGUGUAAAGAAUUAUCUAUUUUCUUAUCAAUACCUGAAUUAACUAAAUCAAAGAAAAUAAAUCAUUACAGUACAAUUUUCUCGAAAGACAGAAAUAAGUUCAUAAAAGACAAACCAAUAUAACAUAUAUUUGUGUAUGUAUAAAUGCCUGUUAUAUGCAUAACUUAGAAAUAUAAUAUAUAUACUCGUAAAUUAAAUAUACAGGAAAUCUCUAUACUCGUAUAAACAUUAAAUCCUACAUGGAGUCGCUUUUAUUACUUACGUUUUAAAGAGAAAAUCAAAUCAAACAACAUGAUACACAGUGCUUUUUUAUAUUUAAGUUUGACUAAAUACCAAAUCAUUUUAAGUAUUUGAAAAAAAUAUUAAAUCGUAAAUUGUAUUGCACUGUAUAAAAGAAAAACUUAUUGAUAUUUCUGAUUUAUUGGAAAAGUAAAAUGUCGUUUUUCUCAAUAUCAUGUUAAUAAUAUGUCACAAAAAGUUAGUUGUGAUGUAAAAUUGUUUGAAAUCAAUAGGGUGCGUUUGUUACAUAGCCCUUUAAAUGAAUUUUCAGGAAAACAUGAAUCUGAAAAUUAAACCUACCCAUGUACAUAUAUAUCAGAUAAAAGAACGGUGCUGAUGAAUAUUUUCUGAUAAAUAUAUAUGUUUUUAAAUAAA